CAUGCGCAAUCGAUCAUAACAAGCAACAGCUGCUGUCUGCAUUAGACAAAACUAAAUCUGCAAAUGUGUCUGAACUAUCGACCAAACAUUGUAUUCACGUGUAUACAACACAGAUGUACAUUGUCGUUUCAAUAACUUAAAUUUUGUUUCUAGAAUUUGAUCAGUUUUUUGUGAUCUAAAAAAAUGGAAAUAGUGCUACUUCCAGUUAUGUUUACAUUACUGUCACUAUGCUGUGGAAGUGAGUCUGGCAUUGACAGUGACAAAGGAAAUAUUACAGAUGAUGCUUUUCAAGGUCUUUUAAAUGUGAACUGUCUUCCACAACAAGUUCAUUUGGCAUAUGGUAACUCUUUAUCUGAGAUGACUGUUAUAUGGUCUACACAUGAGAGCUGCUCUUCAGAGGUACACUAUAGUGAAGAUCAAUGGAAUAUGUCCAACAUAGUGAAGGGGAACACAAUGCCUAUGGUAUAUACCAAACCACAGUUACAGAAUAUACCCAAGUCGUCAUUCCUUCACAGAGUUGUACUCACUAAUUUAAAGUCUGAGACAAACUACUUCUACAUGCCUGUCAGUAACGAUGUGAGCAAAGGACCAUUCUACUUCAAAACUCCAAAAAUAUCUCAGGAUUUGGAACCAAAGUUUCUAGUGUAUGGAGACCUUGGAGUACAUUCAGAGAGUUUAGCCCGACUUGAAAUGGAGGCAAUGAAUGGGAAAUAUACUGCUGUACUUCAUGUUGGAGACUUUGGUUAUAACUUAGAAGAGAUGAUAACUGGUGGCAUGUAUGAUGGAGAAAAUGUGGGUGAUGUAUUUAUGCGACAGAUUGAAGAGAUGGCUUCGCACAUUCCCUACAUGGUGUCACCUGGAAACCAUGAGAUAGAAUCAGACACAUUCAAUCAGUACAGAUACAGAUUUUCCAUGCCAAACACAGAAUGGCCAAUUCCACUGAAUAAGAUGUGGUAUAGUAUGGAUAUUGGACCAGUCCACUUUCUAAGUUAUUCAUCUGAAGUAUUUUUCACUGCUAAUGGUCGCUACAUCGAGAGCCAGAAACAGUGGAUUCUGGCAGAUCUAGCUGCAGCAAACAGUAACAGACACAUUAGGCCCUGGAUCAUAGCAUUUGGACACAGACCAAUGUACUGUUCUAAUGAUGACCUUGAUGAUUGUACACUACAAGAAUCAAAAGUCCGCCUUGGUCUAGAAGACAUAUUUUACAACAAUGGUGUAGAUGUUGUGUUGCAAGCUCAUGAACAUUCCUAUGAGAGACUGUGGCCGGUAUACAAGGGUGUGGUUCUUGCUGAGAAUUAUACAAACCCACAGGCCCCUGUGCAACUUAUCACUGGAGCUGCUGGUAGUAAACAUGGUGUGGAUAAGAUGAGUGCAAGAAAUGAGAGCUGGUCUGCAUUCAGAAUGGACGACAACUCUUUCAACAGUUAUGGGAGACUAAAGGUAGACAACUCAACACACUUGUAUUGGGAGCAGGUGGCAGUGUUUGGAGGAGAGGUGCUAGAUUCAAUCUGGGUCAUUCAAGAACAUCAUGGCCCUUUCUCCCAUACUGCACUUCCAGAUGACAAAAAGAAUAAAAUUGAUGAACAGAAGGAAAAAGAUACAAUAGUGAUAAAUAGUAUGCCUAAGCCUGAGACAACUGGGGACACACUGACUACAAAGGUUACACAAGCUAUCAAAGGUGCUGAUACCAAACUUAUUGUAGGAGUCUCAUUUGGAGUAUUUGUGAUAGUAUUCCUCAUUGUUGUGUGCAUUGUAAAACAAUGUACAAAGAAAAGAACAAAGUCGUAUCGAAGAUGGGAGACUCUGGAUUAUGGAAAGAAGUUUUAUACAAAUCUGAAAAGUGAUGAAAAAGAUGCUGAUGAUUUCGAAGUAGAUGUGACUGAUGGAACUACAAAACUGAUUGAUAGUUCAAAAGAGUGAAAUUAGAAUUCAUGAAAGAAAGAUAGUAACACAAAUUAUUAAUGAUCUGAAAAUAGGCCAUUAUAGAAUCUCACAAGGUAAUAUGUUAGCAGCUCUAUUAACUUGUGUUUGAGUUGCAGAUAUAUUACCCUGUAACAUUGACCUUUGCUUUCCAGGUCUGUUACUGUUCUGUUACAUUCCAUAUUCCAGCAUACUUCAUUGUUGUAUUCCAGUUUACUGUAGCAUUCCAUAGUCAUUAUUGUAUGAAAUUUACUCAGAAUUAUCAUGGUAAGGUUUAAUUUGGUAAGCUUUAAACUAUCAGCAUGCAUAAUUGAGAAACAUUCCCAUUAAAAUUAGAAUUAAUACAUGUAUGUAUUUUAGGGUUAAUAAAUAAAUUUGAACAAAUUUUCAAAAGAAAACAUUGUAUGGAAAACUGUUGAUAUACUAUUUGUUCCACCUUUAACAUGUUUUGGAAGAGGGCAAUAUGGAGAAGAUGCUGGCUAUUAAAUUCUGUUUAGGUUGUGCAGUUGCUAUGGCAACCAGAAUCAUUAGCUCAUACUCACUUUGAAGUCUUCCCCUUCAAAAAAGCUUCACCUGUGAAACUAUUUAUUCCACCAGACUUGGUCUGUAGCUCCCUGGCUUGAGGUGUUCAAAAGUUUGUCAAGUCAUUCUGCGUCAGUGCAUUUACAAGGAGUC